AGACCCCCCGAAGUUACAGGCGGGAGAUCUUCGCCGUAGAGUCCAGUACGAAGAUGUGGCAGGACCCUGCUGCAGGCUCUCAUGCGAAGCGACCAGGCCAGGGUGGGAGCGAGCGCUCUUGACCAGAAUGGAAGCCAAGGAGCCCCUCGUCAUUGGGGUGCGGCAGGUUGCGAGGUCCGGGCAUUUUCGGGCUGCCACGGCGAGAAGGGUGCUCAUGGGCUUCGGGAGGAUCUUUGACGGGAGCCUCAGCUCGCUGCUUGCAGCGGAUCCCAUCAGAGGAGAAGUGCGCUUCCCCACCAAGCAGCAGGUGCAGCUUGCCGGGGAUGUCCUGUUUCAUGCAUCUGCAGAGACGGACAAAGUGGACGUCUUCAUCGGCCACUCCUGGAGUGCAGGGCGCUGGCAGAAAUUCUUGGCCCUCUGUUUGUUCUUCAACCUGGACCUGGCUGUGAGCUGUUCCUUGGGGGCCUGCGGUGUGGCUGUGGCGGUACUGCUGGGCUCCAAGGGGAUGACCGGCCUGGGCGGGAGCCCGCUGGCGAUGCCGUGCUUGGUGUACCUGCCCAUGACCGUGUUCUUCGUGGUCUUCUUCUUCGGGCAACAUAUUUGCGGAAGGUGGUCGCCUUCCGUUUGGGUUGACAAGCUUUGCAUCCAUCAGACUGACAUGGGACUGAAGGCG